UGUGUGAGAGACGAGGCGAUGUAAAACGAAAGCGGAAGUCCGAUUAAAAAAAAAAAAAAAAAGGGAAACGCAUACGCAGCAGGCGUCGUGUCAUGUGUCGUCCGCGCGCUCACGCUGGCGCAACACUUUCGGUGCGGCGGCAGGAAUGCCGAGAAACCAUGACAGCGUCGUCAGUCGGUCGGUCAGUGCGGUGGUAAGGGCACCUGCUGAACCGCGAAUGUAACGCCCAGUGGCAAAUAUCGAGACGGCGCUCACGCAAGCCUCAACGACGAGUGGACGAAGCACCGCCGCCUGUAAUGCCGAAAGCGAUCGAGGGAAGGAGGGAGAGAGAGUCGCACACAGGCAGCCGAUGCGGGCGCGCUAAAACAUCACCGGCGGACGAGUGCGCACGCACAAAUAGACAGCUGUAGACAACACGAGCUACCUCCUGCCGCGCCGGGCUGUAUCCGCGAUCGAGCGAGCGGCCGCCGUGGCGAACGGCGCAGUGACGGCUCUCGCGAGUGAAACGGUAUCCUCUUCGAUCUUUGAGCCCUGGCCAGAUUCCAUCUCUCUCCGAGAUCAUCUAAACACAGCGGCGGGAAAUUUCUCCACGGGGGUUCGCUGGGGGUAUACACGAAUACCCCGCCCCACAGACGGCGAUUCACACAGGGCGCAGGACGCGACAAAUUCGGCACUUCCAGGGGGUCACUGAGCAGCAGCAUCUCGAAGCGUCGCUGCGACAAACCACCGGCGCGGCGGAUGCAACACGUUGGCGAACGACGCUACGAUGGGAGGAACGCAAUGAUGGAGAUGCGAGACGGCAGCGCGACCGCAAGCCCCAGUGACCGCCUGGUGGGGACAACGCGCUACGACGCCCUGAGGGACACCAGUGAAGAUGACAGCGAUGAGUCUCUUCACUGCCAUGUACACCAGCAGCCAAGGCUCUCGUCCAAGGUGGCACAGAAACAACUCAUUGUCAGCUGUCUCAUUUGCCUUACAUUUAUGAUAGCUGAAGUUAUUGGUGGCUACAUGUCCAACAGCCUAGCUGUCAUGUCAGAUGCAGCUCACCUAUGCGCCGACUUGGCUGGGUUUUUGAUCUCCAUUUUCGCUGUCUGGAUUGCACAGAAGUCUCCCACAAAGAGACUGUCCUUUGGGUUCUACCGUGCAGAAGUCCUGGGUGCUGUGCUUAGUGUGGUGUUCAUCUGGGUGCUGACGGGCAUCCUAGUCUACACGGCCGCGCAGCGGAUCUACCAUGAUGACUACGACAUUGAUGCAAAUAUCAUGCUCAUCGUCUCUGGCACAGGGGUUGCCAUGAACAUCUUCAUGGGCCUGGUGUUGCAUGGAUGCUGCCCAUGUGCGGGUAUUACUCAGCAUGGCCACACCCACGGGCUCGGCACGCACGGUCACGGCCAAAGACAGCCUACCGAACGUACCAACAUCAACAUCCGCGCAGCUUUUAUCCACGUCCUGGGAGACCUGCUGCAAAGCAUUGGGGUGCUCAUCUCUGCCUACGUCAUCAAGUACAAUCCCCAGUACAAGAUAGCCGACCCCAUCUGCACAUUCAUAUUUUCUGCUCUCGUGUUGUUUACGACUGUGUCGAUCCUGAGGGAUGCCGUGUUUAUCCUAAUGGAAGGUUUUCCGAGGGACCUCAAUUAUGCAACUGUAAAGUCGGCACUGCAAAGCAUCAAAGGUGUCCGAAUGACACACAGCCUCCAUGUGUGGUCAUUGACGGCUGACAGACGUGCCUUGGCUGUACACUUAGCUGUUGAUCCCGACACUGACCAGUCAGCUGUUCUUCAAGCAGCUCAGAAGCUAGUGCGAAAGAGCUUUGGCAUCCACAGUUCCACCAUCCAAGUGGAGCUGUUCAGUGCGACUGAGAUGCUCUCUUGUGAAACCUGCAAGGGACCGUGACAUCCUGCCGACCGUUCUUUAGACUUCAUUCAGCACACAUUGAGUGGAGGAGUCAUUCAAUGAAGUGCAGUUGCUUGUAGAAGUUCUCAAAAGCAUGGAAAUCUAAAAAGGCUGCAUUUCCUCACAGUCUUACUGUGUAUCCAGAAAGUGAGGGGCACACUCUGCCAUUGUGUGGAUGCACACUUCUCAGUUCCUAAUUGUGCGCCUAGGUUGUGAGGCAAUUAAUUUUUUUUUUUCUCUCUAUUAUUGCUGUGGUGUGGACGCUUCCGCAAGCAACCUUAAGCAGUAUUCCCAGUCAAUCGCUUUCAGCGAUACAGUCUCUUUCGUGAGAUUUCACAUGGCUAGAGGCACUGGACGCAUCUACAAGCAGCAGUGUUCCUGGCACUGUUUCGAACUUGGCACAGUGCUAGGAGCCAGGAGCGCUAUUGCUUGCAGACACUGACGUGUGCAGACACUGACGUGUCAUGUGCUGCGACAUGCGAAAUGUUAUGAAAGUGAUGGUAUACCUAAGAAUGAGUGACUGAGAACGCCACCACUCCUGCAAGUGGUUCCGUGCUCAAGAAUAUGUGUGCAAGUCAACAGCUGGUGUGUUGCCAGAUGUUCUCACCUGGUCACAUUGCCCGAGCAGCUACAAGUCUGCUUGCUCAUAAUAUUGCCGUUGGCGGCUCUUUUUUAGUCAUAACUGCAUUGGUAGUAUACUUUGGCUCACUUGUAGUCAAGCAAGGUAUGCUAGCUGCAGUCCUUUCUUCUGCUGACAUGCACAAGUCUAUAGUGUUGUGCUGUUCCCUUCUUGCCUUCUUUCCAAGUGCAGCUUUCGAUAGUUAUUCCCUGUUGAUAAUUAUGAAUCUCUAAUAGUUUGAAUUGUAAGGAGCAUGCAAAUAUAGAUGCUGCAACUUUGGGCUUGUCAUUUUAUGACUUAUUUGCUUGUUUGCUCAUUUCUUGCUUGCAAUAAUGCCUGUGUGCAUGCAGACGUCAGAAGGACAUGAAAGUGGUGCUUUAAACAUGACUGUGUCCCCCCCCCCCCCCUCACACACACACACAAUUUGCAUUUAUCUGCCGUGUAUCUCAAGUUGCAGCUGACUCAAUUCAAACUCUCAUAGUAAUCAGAGUUCACGUUGAAUAAUAUGAAUUCGUUUAAUUCAAGCUAGCUUUCCAGUUACAGUGGAACCUCGUUGAUAAGUUUAGGAAAAAAAUUCAAGCGAAAGUGUACUAACCAGGAAAGCGUACGAUCCAAAGUCGUCACUAAAAAAUUUGGCACUCAACUGUAGUUGCCAUCUGCGUAUUAUGAAAUGGUUGCAGCACCCACGCUCGCCAUUUCGUAAUGUUCUGAACAUUGGUGCCAAAAUGUCCUGUUUUCCGGGAUCAUAUCAACUGGUAAAAAAAAAGCAUCGACUGUAUUGGGUCAUUUUUUUUUUUUUUUUGCAUUCUCGAACGCGAACAUUGGUGCCGGGAAAUCGUACAAAAUGGAAUUGUAUCAACGAGGUUGUACUGUAUUUGAACUUCUGGCCUCCCAAAGCAAGCCAUUGUCAGAAUUGGUUGAGAAGGCAGGUACCUUUAUUGCACAGGGUAAUUAAAGUACAGGUAAGCUUGAAUACAAAAUUAAGUGUCACAUGUUGAAAAUUCAGUACACUAGUAAAUUAUAGCACAUGUGACGAGUGCCGGAUGUCAAGACUUUGUAGGUGUUUAUAUCCCAACCGUGUUAAGAUCUUGAAUUACAUGUUGUCCGCCAUUGAAUAAUUCAAGGAAAACUGUGGUCAGGAAGAGUUUGAACUGACAUGAGUCAGCUGUACUGUAUCUUCAUAAUUACCAUGACAUAGUUAAAUAUGCUUUUAUGCAUUUAAAAUGAGUCACUUCUAGUUUUUCCAUGGAGCAAUGACAUGUUUCUCUACAGCUUGUUCCAUAGAAGUAAGAAACAGUUUGAUACUUAUGUCUACCUUUAAGCUGGCCUUUAGCCGUGGAAGACCAUCACUUUUCUGCGUUGAGUGCAGACCAAAAUGCCACAGCCUUCAUAUUGUUAUGGUUGUCAAAGUGUGCUCAUUAUCCAAGGCGAAAACAGUGAAUAAUGUUUUCCUGAGCUUCUUCAUGAUUGAUGUGUGUGUCAUACUGUGCUGGCAGAAGCAGUGAAGCAAGUUCUACACUUAAUUACUUGUUUAGCGCAAAAACAACGGACACGUGAAAGACGACAGGACAAGGCGCUACUCUCAACUGACCUCAACUACUCUCUUGGCGACACACUAUGCAAUAUUGGUUGGCAAAUGCACGGGUAGAAGUACAAGCAGCUUAGCUGCAUAGAAUGUAAGCUUGCUAAGAAGCAACUAAUGCAGAUUGAGGUUGAUGUGUGAUCAUAAACGCUGAUUGUUGCAGCAUUGAACUGCAAAUGUCAGCAGAUGGUAUAAUGUGUGAGCACACUCUCAUGGCCAUUGACCACUUUCACCACUGAGCUUAAGGUAGACAUUUAGGCUGAAGUGCAGCAUGUCUAUACUGCACAAAUUAAUUUGUGAAACUUACCAUUUGUGAAAAUAGAUACCAUUCAGCGACAGUAAACUAAUGCUGGACAUUUGAUGUACUCCCUCAUAGUGGUCUUGACAAUACAGCUCAAUAACCAUUUGCAACAAUCAGCAUGUACAACACCAAAGUGUGAACUUGACUCCCAGAAAGCAUUUGCCACUGAUAUGUGCUAGCUGGCUUACUUGGGCUUUGUGAAGCAAGCGCAUGCUGCACAAAUUUCAAGUGCAUUUCGCUUUUUGUAAUACCUUUUUUGCAGCCUCUUGUUCUAGCAUAUUUUUGCAGUCUAACUUGGUAAUCACCUUCCAUGCCGGACCACUUCUUGCCAAAAGCUUCCCUAAGGUUCUGCCACAAUCAAUGUGUGAUCACUCUCAUUUUACUUGCAUGCAAUCUCUACAGUCACAGCCACAUCCUUUGCAAGUUGUGAAGAGCCCCUGCUGCACACAGACUUUUGGGAAUAACGUAAAAUACAUAACUCCAUCAAACAGCAACACUUGCAUUUGCUUGUACAUAACUGCCUGCUCCUUUUGCUUUCUGUAGACUGAACAUAUUUUCUUUGAGGAGGUCAUUCUGUGACAUGGCUGCAUUAUUAUGCCUGUCUGCAAACAAAGUGCUUGCUACCAUGGGAAAAGCUCUGUGGAUGUUUUUUUCCACUGCAUUGCUUACUCUUUUCCUUUUGCUGUAGGCUGGCAGGCCGUGCACUGCUGCUCAUCAGAUCAGCUUUGCAGUGUGGUGCUAGGAUGUUGCAAAAUAUGGCAGGUGCUGAUUUUUUUGUGCUCAGCAGUGCUUGCUUAAGUAAGCCCAGCACAUUUGUGUGCAGCUACUUGAAUGCCAGUGUGUUUGUUUAGUACCAAAAAUGACGUGCAACGCUUAUUAAGUUUAUAUGUGCUGUGAUGUCUUCACUCUUUUUUCUUUUUGAUCAUUAUGACAGUUUGUGGAUUUCUAAAGGCCACUGCAAAUGAGGUAAUCAGUUCAGGGUUAAUUUGAAGUAUGCAGUGUGCCAUAGGGCAGAAAGUAUUUUAUCCUGAGGAGUACCACCCUCAUAUAUCUACACAGGGUCUUCUGUCACUUUUUUGUAGGACACCGUACAGGAGAUAGCUUCAUAUCAGUGCAACAAGCUUGUGCUCCCAAGUGAUGUUGACUACUUUUGUUAAUGUUGCCAAGGGUUGCCAUAACUGUCUGAUUGCAUAGACUAGAUGGAUAACUUGCACUGUAAUUAACAAUUAGUACAGGAACUGUGUAGAAACCAGCAGAAACAUGCAAAGCAAGAAGACAUACACGGAACAUUCGUUGGACUUCCAUGUAUGUCUGCUUGUGCUUUAACGUUUUGCUGGUCCUACCAAGGUUACUGUACGAACUUUCCCUGCAAGUGACUGUAAAAAAAAAAAAAAAGAAAGAAAAAAAGAAAUCCAGUUCUUCGCCACAUGCCAUGUGUAGCCUUUACUGCAGACAGGCAUGGUGUGGCCUAGAGCAUGAUUACACAUAAAUUUUGUAAAUUUAGUUGUGGUUACAUAGUAAAAGUGUUUUUUUUUUUUUUUUUUCUAGCAGCACUUCGCAAUUUAAUACCGUUUCAAAGUUUUUGUUGCAGAAUUCUGGCAUGGACGUUGCUCAGUGUUGUAAGUAUUCAUGACACCUUGUUCUAUCUACAAAAAUGUGAUGAAUAAUGAGUGGAUGUUGUACACACAACACUAUCCAAUAACUGGAGAGUUCUCUACAGUCUCUUUAGAACCACAAGUUAUAGUGGGCUUUAACAAAAAAAUAAGUAUAUAUGUAGUUUUGCUAAAGAUUUGAGUUUGUUCAACGUGGUGCAAAGCACCAUUCUUUAUGUAACUGAGAACCUGUCUUGCUUUACAUAUCUCGCUUUGGGCAGCAUGCAAUAUGUGUUGUGCAAUACAAAUAUAUCAUAUGAUUUAGCCUUGAAAAGUACACAGCCGGGAAAAAAAAAACGAAGUGCGAAGUUUACGCAGGUUUCAGAUCAUUACAUGUGAUAUUUUGUGCGCUGCACCUUGUGAAGAAAAUAUGAAACAGACUCUAUAUGUUUCAUUUAUGGAGUCCUCCAACAGAGCAUUUAACAGAGAGAGAACUUCAGCGCUCGCAGAUCACGAUUGUCCAAGAAUAUCAUUAUUUCGCGCUCCUGCUAUGUAAAGGUUUAUCCAUGACAGAACAUUAAUGCAAUGCUGUUUAUGGCUGUAAUGGUGAACAUUAGAGCUUGGCUGUCAAUGUUGAUCAGUGAAUGAUGAAAGCUGCAAUGCCAAGAUUUUUUUGACACCUUCAAACCAUUGCUAAAUAUUUUCUAUUCAAUAUUAUACCAGCUGAGAAUUGGGGGCCCUGCACGUUGUCUGGUAAAAAUGCAGGAAGCACUGCCAAAAAAAGCAAUUGUCAAUCAAAUUUUAAUUAAUAGCUUUGUAGUUAGUUACUGCACAAAGUGAAAGCCACAUAGUGGUAAGAACUUGAAAGAAUGGCUCUUAGAGUGUGCAGCUUUAUGUAUACAGUUUGUACACAGCAAAUCUAGUUGUCAGAAAAUAGGUUUGGACCUUUGGAUCCAAACCUUAUGGCAACAUUCUGUGGCUGGAGAGCAUCGUCCUCCAAGUACAAGGCAUGCUUUGUCACCCAUCGCAGCGUUUCAAAUUACAUAUCUGAAACCAUGCAGACAACUUAGGUUAAAAAUAAAUUUCUUUGAUGUCUCGCUACAACAUUGCUAUCACCAUCCACCCCAUACAUUUGGCUUGCCUAAAUGACAUCGUGUAUAACCUGCUUUGCCAGUCUCGUCUUCUGUGAUGUGGUGUUCACAUUGAGUGAUGUACAACUUUGAAGACCCAAGGUGGCGGGCGCAUUUUUGAAAGGGCAGAAGAAGCAAAAGUAUUUAUUCAAUAAGUGAAUUGUGUUGUCAUGGUAUAAUAGGCUUGUGGUGCACUUGUACCUCGGUUGUGUUCACUGAAUAUUGUGUACAUGCACGCAACAAUGCCAACAAUCAAUGAGACAUUCCACUUUUUUACCCAGUUUUUUUCUGAGCACAAAGUCAUAUUUCCAGUGUUUUGGAACACUAUGUGCCUGUGAAGUACUUUAUACUGAAGUAGAUUGGCCUGCAUGGCAUGCUGUGCAAGCAAAUAAAAUAUUUUCAUGAACCUUG